UCUAGGGCACUUCCUGCUGUGCUGAUCCAGCGCGUGCAUGGCCCCUCAUCUGUCACAAUCGCUUCAGGAAACUACCACGCGCUUCAGCUGACUACUUGACAUGAAACUUUACAAAUAAAACACAUGGAGGAAAGUGUGGACGUCAAGGCCCUCCGGGCCAAAUUUCACGCUCAGUUAGAAAAGGCUGCUUGUGGAGGCGGAGCUCCCAUCAAACCUCAUGCGAUUGGCGCGUCGCCAGAGUCCCUAACCAAUGGGGCGCUCAGAAACAAGCCUUCAGCCGCACCUCCGAGACCAAUCCUUCCUCUGCACUCUUCGAGCGAACCAAAGAUGUUUGGUUCGGGUCCUCAAGGAGUCUUCCCAAGACCUCCUCCCGUCCAUCGCGUGGGAGGCCAGGAGUCUCCAAAAAUGCCCCCUAUGGAGGUCGGUGGGCCAAACAGAGUCAAACUCACAGGUGAACUUCUACAGAGCAAGCUGUUGAAACAACAGAGCGAAAUGAAGCUGCCUCCACCUGUCAGGUCGCCGUUGCCGAGUCAGAAGAGCGUGACGGAGGUGGCUCCUCUGAGGAGGCCGCUUCCAACAGUCGGCCCGCGUCCGUCAAAGCCGAAACGUCCUCCUUCCGUUAAUCUGGAUCAUUUUAGGAGGAAAGCCCCUGCUGUUCUUCCCAAAAGACACGUGGAAUCACAAAACCUUAGAGGACCAGCGAGACCUCCAAAUAAACCCUGCGGCCUGAUGACUUCAUCUUUUUCAGAAUUAAGUGUAGACUCAGUGCAAGAGACCUAUGAUGACAUCAGCUCACUCCCACCGCCGCCUCUACCGCCCCCCAAACCCAGAGACUCGUGGACUGAUGGAUAUCCAUCUCAAGCUGAUGAGGACAGCGAUGAAGAGAUUUAUGAAGACAUAGACAAACCAGAAGAGAUUCCUCCGCCCAUCCCUGCCGAGAGGAAACUCCCAAACGAAGCUAAAAAGCAGCUGGACAAGAAAGAGCUCAAGGAAAAGCAGAAACGUGAAAACGAGUAUAAAAAGAGAUUUAAGCUGAACGGACCCAUUGAGGUGAUACACUUGGCUCGUGUGAGAGACGACUGGCAAGGUGGCAAAAACGACCUGAGUGUGCACCAGGGGGAAAAUGUGGAGAUCAUCCGUGUGAACAACAAUCCGGAAGGCAAAUGGCUGGCACGAGACAUGAGGGGAAGCAUUGGUUACAUCAGUAACUCAUGUGUGGAUGUGGAUUAUGAGGAAGUGAAACGGAAAAUACGUGGUCAAGGCCCGCACCCCUACAUCCCUCCUGUAGGCCAGACCUUCGAGCAGGAAGUCUAUGAUGAUAUUGACUCCAAUGACCAACUCAACAGCAGUUUUCAUAGUGACGAUGUGUAUGAUGAUGUGGAAGUCGAGAAUGAUGAGUUUCCUCCUCCUCCGCCAGAGAUCAGGCAAGAUCCCAAAAAGGCCAAACAGCAAGAGAAAGAAGAAAAAGAGUUUCGGAAGAAGUUUAAGUUUGAAGGACCGAUCAGAGUUCUGUACACCAUGAUGGUGGAUCCUAAUGCCAGUUUAAAGAAGGCUGGCAGUAAAGAACUGACAGUGGUUUGUGGAGAGUUCCUCGAUGUUAUCCAGGAGACCAGCGAGAAGAAAGUUCUGUGCUGUAAUAAUCAGGGAAAAUUUGGAUACGUGCCCUUGAAUUACCUUCUUUAUUCGGAAAGUGAAGUUUAUGAUGAUAUUGACAAUGCAUCAGAUAUUUAUGAUAAUGAUGACAGCUGACCUGUUUGGAAAUGAUUAUCAUUAGUUUUCACCUGAGAAAGUAAAGAAAUAUGACUUAUACAAGGAAAAUAUGAUUCAAAGUUAUGUAUAUUGUACAAUUAAAUGAGAAUAAAAUUAUAUUGUAAAGCAUUUGAUACUUUUUGUAAUGAUCAUGUUUUAGUAAUGUUAGAAGUUUUGUGUUUGUGUGAUAUGUCAACCCAGCACUGUUGAAAUGAAAGUCAAUAAAGUUCUAUAUUUGUUCC